ACUUCCACAACGACAUCCGCGUUUUGGCAGUGUCCGACUCUAUCUCUACAGCUUCCGAUUGUCCUUGUGCAGUUGCCGCUUCCCGGCGCUGGACGGCUACACGUGUCAAGCAGUAGAGCUUGUCUCAUAACUACUACCAUCCAAGUUUUUGUUCAUCCCUCCUAUCUUCUCGUAUGGCCACUCUCACUAUCGCCCGUGCCUAUCAGCAUGCAUACCACACUCACCCGAAUUACGACGAUUUCCUCUUCGAGCGGAGAAGUCAACCUCGCAUCAGCUUCAGAGCUCUUUCAAAAUGUGUGGCUGCCGACCAGCUAAUAAUGUUUGGACUGUAGCACAAAUGAUUAGUUUCCGAUAUAUGCCGCUGCCGUAUAGAAUACCUUUCCAGUCCGCCUGUGGUGUCUUCUGGACGUUGUACUUGUCCAUUUUUAAUGCCAAGGAGGACGAAAGGGAGGACGAAAGGCAAGAUAGAGAGGCCGCAC